AUGGCUAUUGGAGACUAUGGACCGAGCUACAAGCCUCCCAGCAUGUACAUGUUGAGGGAGCCCUUAUUGCGAAGAGUUGUUGAGAGAACAAAAGUUUCCUUAAAGACGCAUGAGGAGGAGUGGGGCAAGACUGGAUGUUCCAUUAUGACUGAUGCUUGGUCGGACAGAAAGAUGCGCUCGAUUGGAGCUGAUAAAGUCAUUCAGGUUGUCACGGAUAACGCACCUGCAAAUAUGGCCGCGAAGGAGCUUUUAUAUAGGAGGAGGCCGAGGAUUUUUUGGACUAGUUGUGCAGCACACACUAUUGACCUGAUGCUUGAAAGCAUCGGGAAGUUGAGUUUAUUCAAAGGAGCAAUUGAGAAGGCGAGGACCCUCACCAUCUUUAUUUAUAGUCAUCACAAGACUUUGUCUAUGAUGCGUCGCAUUUGUGACAAAAGGGACAUUGUGAGACCUGUAGUUACUCGUUUCGCCACUACAUUUUUGACUCUGCGGAGUCUUCUUGAGAAGAAAGGGAAGUUGAGAUUUAUGUUUUCUGAUGAAGCAUGGGUGAGAUGCAAGCUUGCAAAGACUGCUAAAGGCGCUAAGGUGGAGGCGAUUGCUAUGAGUGAUAGUUGGUGGACAUCGGUGGCCAAGAUCUUGAAAGUGUAUGCUCCUAUUUUUCGAUUGUUGAGGGUAGUCGAUAGUGACUACAAACCCUCAAUGGGAUUUGUGGUGGGGAUGCUUGAAGAUAUGAAGAAGGAGAUCAUUCAAGUUUUCAAGAAUAAGGAGAAGGAUUUUAAGCCCGUGAUUGAUAUUAUAGAUGGGAAGUCCAAGGAUCGGCUCUUUUCUCCCUUGCGUAUGGCUUCUUACUAUCUCAACCCUUACUAUUUCUAUAGGGAUGAUGUAGUGAAGAAUUGCAAAAGGGCGAAAGAUGGAUUUCUAGAUGUGGUGGAGUUGUUCUAUCCUGAUGUAGAGCAACAAGUUGAAAUUCAUACUCAAGAGUUGGAGAGAUACAGAGAAGGAAAGGGUUCAUUUGCUAGGAUUGGAGCGGUGAAGGCUAGAGAGAAAUCAGACUUGAACCCAGCUAAUUGGUGGUAUUUGCAUGGUGGUGAUUGUCCCUUCAUGCAAAAUAUGGCUAUGAAACUUCUCAACUUGACAAGUAGCUCUUCUGGUUGUGAAAGGAAUUGGAGCACAUUUGAGGGGAUUCAUACGAAGAAGAGGAAUAGAUUGGAAUCGAAGAGGUUAGAGGAACUGGUCUAUGUGAAGUUUAACUCAAAGCUCAACCAGAAGAAGAGGAGAGGAGAAAACAAGAACCUACUACUAUCUACUGAUCGUAGUAAGGCACGAGCAUGGAUCCUAGAAGGAGCAGGCUCCGAUGAUGAGGAAGAAGUUCAUCCUAGCUCAGGUCUUACUUGGAGGAUGGUAGAGGGUAUAUCGGGAGCGGCUGAGGCUGUAGAGAAUAGGAGGAGUUCUAGGCUAGCAGGACCUUCAAGUGCUUCUACUUCAGUGAUAGAUGAUGAAGAAGAGCCUUUUGUCUCGGAUGAUGAUGUUUCAGACGAAGAGGAGGAUUGUGUGGAGAUAGAUUCUGGAGAGGAUAGCGAUGAUGGAGUAGAGGAGGAACUUCAUGAUGAUGAUGAUGUUUGAUGAUGACAUUUACAUUAGAUUAGAUGCAUAUUGCUAAUUCAUUAUAUUACAUCUAGACUAUUCCCGUUUGACUAUCUUUUUGCUGAUAUUUUGGGACAUAAACUUCUAGUUAUUGGAUAUUAUAUGCCUUGUCAUUUAGUAUGUAUGCAUCUUUGAUUGACUAUUAUACUUUGGAUAGCAUAUGUGUUAUGUUGGUAUUUUUG